GCCACCCCCUUCUCACCCACACAGGAGGUGGACUAUGCCCAGCUGGAGGGGAACCUGCGCCGCUACGCCAGCAUCCCCUUCCGAGGUAAGUGCUGCCCACACCCUUCUCUGUGCAGCCUCCUGCCAGAUCCCUGCCUGCAGCAGGGGCUGUACAGCAGCCUGCAGGCAGCCUGCUGGCUUCCCAAGGGUGCUCAGCCUCCAGCCAGACUUUGCUCCAGAGCUGGCAGCCCCUUGGGUGACCCACCUGUGGGGCCCUUUGCACAGCACGUGCCCAGGCAGCCCAGGCACACGCGUGUGUCCUCGCACUAUUCCCACCACACUCUGGUGCAUGUUUGCAUGCACUCUCCACACGUGUGCAAGGAUGCUUGCACACAUCCUCCACAUGUAGCUGCAGGCUUGCACCUGCCCUCUGUACACCUGUGCACACUCAGAUUCAGUGCCACUGGAUGCAUAUCUGUUGAUUGCCCAGGAUGGGCUGCAGGAGGAGAGGGGCUGCAGGAAGAGGCUGGGGGUUGCAGGGAUGUGCCCUGGGGUCUUCCCUCUUCUGACCAGGCUGUGACUCAAGGGCUGUGGGGAUGGGAACAAGAGAGGGCACGCUGUGGGCUGCAGAGACUUGUCUGGGUGCCCAGGGGCAAGGAAGGGGAGAGGAUGAUUGGGACACCCAACCCUCCCAGCAUUCUGGAGCCCUGGAUGCUGCAGCAGAGCCUGGCAGCAAUGGGCUGGAGCUGGCCUGCCUGUGCCUGUGGUGUUGUCAGGGUCCCAAGAAAGGGGUCUAUGUGCCCCAUCUGGGGACGGGGUGGCACAGCCUGGCUGCAGGCACCAAUAAAUGCCCCGCUAGUGGUGCUAUGUGGGGCAGUUUCUGGGGAUGGAGGUGGGCAGGCGGUGUGUUCAGCCCCCAGGGUGCAGGUAUGGCACACAGAAGGGUUCUGGGGUAUGGAAUGGCACCGCCAGUGCUCAGUUUGGUGCAGGUGGGCACUGUUAUCUGGGAAGCACAUACCCACAUGUGCCCUUUGUCAGGGAGCCCAGGGCUUUGUAGAGCACCUGUGGGAGCCUCCUGGCCCCAAAGGACUGCUGGAUGUGGGCAUCAGGCUGUUCUGGGUGCCUGGUGCCCACCCAGGAGUGGGGUGCAGAGAGGGCAGGAACAGCUGCCCCAUGAGCACCCUGCUCCUGUGCCUGAGCCCUGCCCUCCCUGCGCUUGCAUUUCAGGGCUGGUGGUGCUGGGCUCCAAUGGGGAGUACCCCUACCUGGCACCCCGCGAGCGGCUGGAGGUGGUAAGCUGCGUGCGCCGGGCUCUGCCCAGGGACCGCCUGCUGGUGGCUGGCUCGGGCUGCGAAUCCACCCAGGCCACCAUUGAGCUGACUGUCAGCAUGGCAGAGGCGGGGGCUGAUGUGGCGCUGGUCGUGACGCCCUGCUACUACCGGGGGGGCAUGACCAGCGCUGCCCUGAUCCAGCACUACACGGAGGUGAGCUGUGCCCCAUGCCAGCCCCAGCUGGGGCAGCAGGAUGGGGAGCGCAUCCCAUACAUCUCUGACCCACCCCAGCUGCUGAGCUCUGCCUGGCUGCCCGCAGGUCGCCGACGCAUGCCCCAUCCCCGUGGUGCUCUACAGCGUCCCCGCCAACACCGGCCUGGACCUGCCCCUGGAGGCUGUCCUCACCCUGGCUCAGCACCACAACAUCAUCGGGAUCAAGGACAGCGGCGGGGAUGUGAGUGGGGCAAGGCUUUCCCGGGGCUGGCUGCCACCAAAUCUGGUCCCAAGCUGGGAAGGGGGAGGUGGGACUUGCAGCCCUUCCCUGGGCCCCGGGGACGCUGUGUGAGCCCCACGGAGGGGAGAUGGGGUGAUGCCCACCCUGGGGCACAUGAUGUCUCUCCCCAGAUUACUCGCAUGGGGCUGAUGGUCCACAAGACACGGCAGGAGGAUUUCCAGGUGCUGGCGGGAUCGGCUGGCUUUCUGAUGGCAAGCUAUGCCCUGGGUGCCUCUGGAGGGGUCUGUGCCCUCGCCAACGUCCUGGGUGCCCCACUGUGCCAGCUGGACCGCCUGUGCCGCGAGGGCCGCUGGCAGGAGGCCCGUGACCUGCAGCACCGGCUCAUUGAGCCCAACACGGCGGUCACUCGCCGGUUCGGGGUCCCAGGACUGAAGAAAGCCAUGGAGUGGUUCGGCUACUAUGGGGGUCCUUGCCGUGCACCCCUGGCCCCACUGAGUCCCCCCCAGGUUGAGGAGCUGAGGGGCACCUUCAGCACCAACGGCUGGUUGUGAGGGGUCCCCCCCACCCCUUCCUGCACCAGGAACGCACGGGAUCCAAGGACCCUGGGAGCUGGGGACGUGGUGGGGAUACUGGGAUGUGACCAGGAGAAAGCCACCCAUCUCACUCCUUCCUGCUGGACAGGGCUGCCCUGGGCAGAGUGGGUAGGGGGGACACUCAGCACCCCCUGGCCACACUUGCAUCCCUGCCAGUCCUCACGUCCCACCUGGGAAGGGAUGGAACCCUGCGCCAUGAGCUGGGAAUAAACCUGCUGCCCCCAUUCUGUGUCUGCAGUCCUGACCACGCAAGCAGCCCCCCACCCGGUCCCUCCUCCCGGCAAACAGGACGCGGCACGGGCGUUUGGCAACGUGGUUUACUCAGCUGAGGCCCGUGCAGGCAGCUGCACAAGGCAGGGUCACGGCAAGGCACGGGACCGGUGUGCGCCGAGACUGGCAGGGAGGGCACAGCCCCUGCAGCCCACCACUGGGCUGUGAGGUCUGUGAGGGCUGCCAGGACCCCCAUGCCAUGGCCAGCCAGACUGCACCAGGGGUGAAGGUGAGAACGCAGUGGGGAGAUGAAGGAUGCGUGCAGGGGGCAAGGUGGGGAGC